AAUGUGACUCUAAUGAUCACCGACAGCGCCCAGUGCCCAGCCUCGAGUCAUACUUAUCAUAGCCACAUUCAUAUAUAAUGAACCAGGCUUCUGUCAUCCAGUACACAAGUUUGUUUCUACCACAAUGUCCUCCGAUGCACGAACAUCUACCACCAUCGAUCCCUCUCGUAUUCGAAAGUACACUUAUCCUCAGAAAAUCAAGGGGAAAGAUCUCACAUUAAUCAAAUCCUCUCCCCACCCGACGCUACCUAUAAUGAUACUCAACUACUCGAACGAUACCGAGCGGUCUUCAUCUUGGGAUGACCUAACGAUGGCUGCACGCGUACUAGUAGUCGAGCGAAAUACCGGAAAAGUAGUUUCGAGAGCGUUUUCGAAAUUCUUCAACUGGAACGAGAAACAUGCAUAUCAGUUCCCCACAACAGAUGCAGCUGGGCAUCCUCGAGAUGAGGUAGUCUCGACGACAGCAGAGGAAAAACUCGACGGAAGCAUCAUCACGUUGUUUUAUUACCGAAAUCAGUGGAUUCUGACUUCGAAAGCGCGUUUUGACUCUGUUCACGUCGAAAUGGCACAAGAAAUUUUGAAGGAAAAGUAUCCCGGUAUCAUUAAUACUAGAAGGCUUAACGGGACUUUGCCACGGGACAAAACCUAUGUCUUUGAACUCAUUCACCCCAAAAAUCCAACUGCCUUGCGAUAUGCAUACAAAGACCUCGUGUUGCUUUCCGUCAUAGGAAUGGACGGGUCCGAACCUCCACAGGACUUCAAUUGGUCUAUAUAUCCAUUUCCUAGACCAAAGAUGAACGAUAUCAACAUUACAGACCUGGACGCUGUGCGGAGGCUGAACCGGGUCAACGAGGAAGGCCUCGUAGUGAAGCUCUAUCUCAAAAAUGACCCAGUUCAUCCCCAGCGUCUCAAAGUUAAAUUUGAGUCUUACCUCGACCUGAUCAGAUCCAAAAAUUAUUAUACUCCAGCGGAGCUUGCAGGUCUAUACAGGAACAAGCGGGAGAUGAUAUAUACGUUCGAGGAGGGGAAGGUUAGGAGGAAGAUGAAGGCGGAGAAGGAGAUUUAUUUUGAGGGUGUGAGGAGAAUUGCGGAUGAUUUUGGAGGUGAGAAAUGGGUGAACGGGUUGAUAAAGAUGUGGAAUGAGGUAGAGACUGUUUUCGUCAAGGCUGAGAUGGAGUUAAGGAAGAUCAUGGAUAGGUUAAAGGAGAAGGAUCAAUUUGGUGACCACGUUGGAUCGGCGAAUGCAGAGAUGAGGAGACGCUUUGCGCAAACCAUCAUGAAGGAGGACACCAUGGUCAAGCAUAAAAAUGUAUUAUUUCUCUGGUUCAGCGGUGCGCCGAUAGAGGAACAGAUUAAGGCAUUCACUGCGUCGGUAAAGACGAGAGAGAAAGGAGGUGUGGUAUGAGCAAUGACUUGCUUAUUGCAAACAGUUUGACUUGUAACGCCAGCCAUAUGCAUCAAAUAUAUUUCGAAUGUAAUAAUUCUUAAGGUCAAUAUGUAUGUAUUCCGCUCUAGUCGAACAUGAAGUUUGACAGACUCUUUGCGGAUGCAGGAAGGAAGGAAGCAAGAUUAUCACAAGGUCGGC